AAAGUCGUGUGUAAACAAUUGGGCUUCAACCCAAAUAAUGCCUUUAAAAUGCUACCCCCAGAGGAUUAUAGGAUUGCGGUACAUGUCACGUGUAAAUUCAAAUUACGAUUAGUUGAAAAUGAGCCCAGAUCCAAAGUAGGCAGAAUAGAAGUCUUACAUAAUGGAAUAUGGCAUUCCAUUUGCCGAAAACUUAAUCCAAAGAGCGCAGUGGCGGUUUGUCAGAAGCUUGGCAUGAAGUGGAAAUUUGCUCAACCUGUAGACAGUGUUCCGAUUUUGCCAAAGAACAAAAACACACUAGAUAUUCACUUCGUGAGUUGUACCCCCUACUUCGAUCAAGGUCAAUGUUUGAAAUCAAUUGGAAAAUGCUCUGAACAUGACGAAAAUUUGGAAGCCUGGGUCUCAUGUAAAAGUGUAUUAUUCAGUGAUCCGAAACCAAAUAGUCAGCUUCGUUUAAAAGAUGGUUCGUCUGGCCAACUCCAAGUGAAAGACAGUUUGGGUGAAUGGUUCCCUGUUUGUGGCACCAACUGGACAACAGGGGCUUCUCAGGUUGUUUGCAAACAAUUGGGAUUUAAAGCUCACUUUGGCU